CAGCAACUCGUAGCACGGUCUGGGGCCGAGCAAUACCGACAGCGACAGAGCAGCCAUGAUCCGCACCGUUCUGGUGGUCACUCUGGCGGCGGUGGCGGCCACUUACGGCCACCACCACCCCGGCCACGGCCACGGCCACGGCCACGGCCACGGUCAAACCAUCGCGCUGCCCAGCCCGUAUGACUCCGUCCUGGGAGGUCUGCUGAGACCCAGCGACUAUAACUCGGCCAUCCAGCUGGCGCAGAGGCGUUACAGCAAUCUGCCCGGCCUGCCGGCCGCCUACAUCAUCCGCUACAUCCUCAGUCAACAGCGUCUGCCCAUCUACAGGCGGACCAGUUAUAGUGGGAUCCCGGCCCGGCCCCGUCGCUUGGCGUUCCUGGUCGCUGUGUUUGAAGUUCUGCCGGCUCCGUUCUACCGAGGUUCUUACCUCAGCGGACUGAGAUCGUACCUGGUCAAAUACAAGUUCCCAUACUGGUCUAGCGUGACCGCGCCUCUGGCUCUCUUUGACAUCCGCCUGGCCGCCCAACAGCUCCGGCCCGUGUCCUCGGACAGCUUUAACAACUUCUUCACCAGACGUGUGCUGGGUUACAAUGGCCAAGGCUUCGGAGCCAUCCCAGCCGCCGGGUCUCUGAACUCGCUCUACAACUCGCUGCCGCUGUCCUCCCUCCCCACCGUCUUCCGACCCAUCAGCUCCUCCAUCACUGCUCCCACAAACUCGGGCGCUGGCAUCCUGUCCGUGCUCUCCGGUAUCGGCGUCCCGAGGUUCAACCAGCCUCAAGCCUCGGUUGGAGGUCUGAACGGCUACCUGCGCGACAUCCAUGUCCCGCAGCGUAGAUUCGUCAGUCAAAUCCGCGGGAUCAGCCCGGCCACCAUCAGAAGGUUGAUCCAUCCCUUCGUGAAGCGGUUUGCUGGAGGAAUCCGCUCGGACCUGCUGGUCCUGGCCGUCAUCGGGUACUCCUCCCUGCCGCAAGAAAUCAGAAGAACCGUCGGUUUCCAGGCGGUCUUCCUCGCCUUCUUCAAACUCCAUGGCAGGAAUGCCCCGGCAAGGCUCAACUCCGGGUAUGUCUCCAGAUACCUGUCCAACUUCCGUCGUUACUGCUACCGUUACCGCAACCCGAAGUUUGCCGGCAAGCACUGAUAAAAAAACAACGCCAAGUCCUGAACGUUCGGCAUGUCAUUAAUGUUGUCAGCCGAAUAAUGCAUCUUUAAUUUUGGAUUUCGUGCAGAUUACCAUUAAGCCAGGUUUACAAUGCAAAACUUACGUCCUGUCGUCAACUCUGCAUGGUGGUAUGAAAAUAUACGUUUAGUCGCUA